AUCGUACGGAAGGAGAGACAAAACUGCGGUCCAGGUUUUUGAGGUGAAAACGAAUUGUCGUUCAGCGCAAGCAUUCUCAGUGGAAGUCGUGUCCUGCCAGAUUAAGCCGUUCUGAACAGUUCCCACAACCUCCCUACAGCGGUCUCUAGUUCAUUGAAAUUGAUAUUAAUAGUAACUUUGAUCUCAGGAGUAACAUCCACGUCAUUCUACAGAUCCUCGCAUCACUGUAACACAGUUUUCCUAGACUAAGAAAAGUAAUCAAAUCUAGAGUUAAUCGGAAAUUGGGCCAGCCUGGGCAACAUGGCGAAACUCCCUCUCUACAAAAAAAUGAAAAAUUAGCUGGGUGUGGUGGCGCAUGCCUGUGGUCCCAGCUACUUGGGAGGCUGAGGUGGGAGGAUGGCUUGAGCCUGGGAGGCCGAAGGCUGCAGUAAGCAGAGAUCAUGCCACUGCACUCCAGUCUGGGUAACAGAGCGAGACCUUGUCUCAAAAAAAAUUCCGUAUGAUAAGUGCUGUAUUAGGCGUAGAUUUUAUGGAGAACAAAACCAGACAUCAAUAUCCUGAUAGAGCUCUCGGUAUAAAACAAACAAGACAGGCCAGGUGCAGUGGCUCACACUUAUAAUCCCAGCACUUUGGGAGGCUGAGGCUGGCGGAUCACCUGAGGUUGGGAGUUCGAGACCAGCCUGACCAACAUGGAGAAACCCUGUCUCUACUAAAAAUACAAAAUUAGCCAGGCGUGGUGGCACAUGCCUGUAAUCCCAGCUACUCGGGAGGCUGAGGCAGGAGAAUUGCUUGAACCCGGGAGGCAGAGGUUGUGGUGAUCCGAGAUUGCGCCAUUGUACUCCAGCCUGGGCAAGAAGAGUGAAACUCCAUCUCAAAAAAAAAAAAAAAAAAAAAGAGACAAUCAAAUGAUGACAUACAUGAAUAUUGUCAUUGAGUGCUGGGAAAGGAAAUACAUGUUGUUUGUGAGUUUAUAGUGUGAACUUGAUCUACACUAGACCAUCAAAGAUGACUUUCCUGAGAAAGGGGUAUUGUAUUGGAGCUAAGAUGUGACAUUCCAUUUUUAUAAGUGCUACCACCACACAUUGCUUAAUAUUAUCCUUGCAACAACCCUGUGAGAGCUGUCAAAUCUCUGCUAUAUCAGUACUGGCUAAAUUAGGUGUUAAAUGAUUGAGCUUCAAGAUGGGCAAAUCAUGACUUCGGACUACAUUCCUCCUUGCCUGGCGGCUGGGAAACUCCGUCCGCGCUGCUGCUAAGACCUCAGAUGAAAGAUGCUCCGGGGACUCCGAGUCAACAGCUGCUGCAGCGUGAGCGAUACCCUUGGUUCUCCUAACUAGCACCUUCCCCUCUCCCCUGAUUCAGCUGGUAGCCCCUCCUCCCCGCACCUGCCCAAAGGUCACUGGACAGGCAUUUGUCUGGCCUUCCCUUUUACUGCUGGCUGGGAAGGAGGAGCAUCAGACCACAGAUCCUGGAAGGCACUUCUCUCCCUGACUGCUGCUCACACUGCCGUGAGAACCUGCUUACAUCCAGGACCAAGGAGUGAGUGGCAAUGCCACGAAGCUGGUGAAGGGUUUCCACUCCUCCACCAUGGUUGACAGCACUGAGUAUGAAGUGGCCUCCCAGCCUGAGGUGGAAACCUCCCCUUUGGGUGAUGGGGCCAGCCCAGGGCCGGAGCAGGUGAAGCUGAAGAAGGAGAUCUCACUGCUUAACGGCGUGUGCCUGAUUGUGGGGAACAUGAUUGGCUCGGGCAUCUUUGUUUCCCCCAAGGGUGUGCUCAUAUACAGUGCCUCCUUUGGUCUCUCUCUGGUCAUCUGGGCUGUCGGGGGCCUCUUCUCCGUCUUUGGGGCCCUUUGUUAUGCGGAACUGGGCACCACCAUUAAGAAAUCUGGGGCCAGCUAUGCCUAUAUCCUGGAGGCCUUUGGAGGAUUCCUUGCUUUCAUCAGACUCUGGACCUCCCUGCUCAUCAUUGAGCCCACCAGCCAGGCCAUCAUUGCCAUCACCUUUGCCAACUACAUGGUACAGCCUCUCUUCCCGAGCUGCUUCGCCCCUUAUGCUGCCAGCCGCCUGCUGGCUGCUGCCUGCAUCUGUCUCUUAACCUUCAUUAACUGUGCCUAUGUCAAAUGGGGAACCCUGGUACAAGAUAUUUUCACCUAUGCUAAAGUAUUGGCACUGAUCGCAGUCAUCGUUGCAGGCAUUGUUAGACUUGGCCAGGGAGCCUCUACUCAUUUUGAGAAUUCCUUUGAGGGUUCAUCAUUUGCAGUGGGUGACAUUGCCCUGGCAUUGUACUCAGCUCUGUUCUCCUACUCAGGCUGGGACACCCUCAACUAUGUCACUGAAGAGAUCAAGAAUCCUGAGAGGAACCUGCCCCUCUCCAUUGGCAUCUCCAUGCCCAUUGUCACCAUCAUCUAUAUCUUGACCAAUGUGGCCUAUUAUACUGUGCUAGACAUGAGAGACAUCUUGGCCAGUGAUGCUGUUGCUGUGACUUUUGCAGAUCAGAUAUUUGGAAUAUUUAACUGGAUAAUUCCACUGUCAGUUGCAUUAUCCUGUUUUGGUGGCCUCAAUGCCUCCAUUGUGGCUGCUUCUAGGCUUUUCUUUGUGGGCUCAAGAGAAGGCCAUCUCCCUGAUGCCAUCUGCAUGAUCCAUGUUGAGCGGUUCACACCAGUGCCUUCUCUGCUCUUCAAUGGUAUCAUGGCAUUGAUCUACUUGUGCGUGGAAGACAUCUUCCAGCUCAUUAACUACUACAGCUUCAGCUACUGGUUCUUUGUGGGGCUUUCUAUUGUGGGUCAGCUUUAUCUGCGCUGGAAGGAGCCUGAUCGACCUCGUCCCCUCAAGCUCAGCGUUUUCUUCCCGAUUGUCUUCUGCCUCUGCACCAUCUUCCUGGUGGCUGUUCCACUUUACAGUGAUACUGUCAACUCCCUCAUCGGCAUUGCCAUUGCCCUCUCAGGCCUGCCCUUUUACUUCCUCAUCAUCAGAGUGCCAGAACAUAAGCGACCGCUUUACCUCCGAAGGAUCGUGGGGUCUGCCACAAGGUACCUCCAGGUCCUGUGUAUGUCAGUUGCUGCAGAAAUGGAUUUGGAAGAUGGAGGAGAGAUGCCCAAGCAACGGGAUCCCAAGUCUAACUAAACACCAUCUGGAAUCCUGAUGUGGAAAGCAGGGGUUUCUGGUCUACUGGCUAGAGCUAAGGAAGCUGAAAAGGAAAGCUCACUUCUUUGGAGGCACCUGUCCAGAAGCCUGGCCUAGGCAGCUUCAAUCUUUGAACUUACUUUUUGAAAUGAAAAGUAAUUUAUUUGUUUUGCUACAUACUGUUCCAGACUUUUAAAGGGGACAAUAAAGGUGACUGUGGGGAGGAGCAUGUCAGGUUUGGGCUUGGUUGUUUUAGAAGCACCUGAGUGUGCCUACCUACUCCUCUUUUCUUUUAAAAGUGCCCACAAUGCUCCAAUUUCCUGUCUCCUUUAGAGAGACAUGAAACUAUCACAGGUGCUGGAUGACAAUAAAAGUUUAUGUUCCUAAA